AUGAUCGCAAGUUUGAGGAUGAAUCGCUGCGUUCCUGAUUUUGAAAUGCCCGACGAUUACUCUCUUCCGCCCUUCUCCUCCUUUCCCACACCCAGAAAGCCGCCUCUUUGUGAAAUAACCGUCACGUCGUCGCCCGGCGACUCGAGCGCCAGCGCCGAGCCCGCUGCUCCAAAACCUGCCGCCGAUGACCGGAAGCGMAAAGGAAGAGCUCCCGAUGACACUGAGUGCUACAGCGAGGAUGUCGAGUACGAAUCUCCUGAUGCAAAGAAACAACUGCGGGGUUCAACGUCAACAAAAAGAUCUCGUGCUGCAGAGGUUCACAACCUCUCGGAGAGGAGACGUAGGGAUCGGAUAAAUGAGAAGAUGAAGGCUUUACAGGAACUCAUACCUCGAUGCAACAAGACAGAUAAAGCUUCGAUGUUGGACGAGGCGAUCGAGUACUUGAAGGCGCUUCAGUUACAAGUGCAGAUGAUGUCGUCAAUGGGGUGUGGGAUGAUGCCGGUGAUGUUCCCAGGUAUUCAGCAAUACUUGCCGCCACCAAUGGGGAUGGGAAUCGGGAUGGGCAUGGGCAUGGGAAUGGAAAUGGGCAUGAAUAGACCUAUGAUGCCAUUUCCUAAUCUCCUGGGCGGUCCAAACUUGCCAAUGCAAGCUGGAGCAGCAGCUCAUUUGGGUCCAAGAUUCCCUCUACCCGCCUUUGCAAUGCCUCCUGUUCCCGGUAGCGAUCCAUCCCGAGUACAACCGACGAAUCAAGCCAAUCAGAUGCUUAACUCAGUCGGAACACAACAUACAAUCCCACCUCCAGUCUCGGGUUUUUCUGAUUCUUAUCAGCAGUUUGUUAGCUCCAACCAAAUGCAGUUUCCUGCGACACAGCGUCUACAGAAUCAGCAACCGAUUCAGCCGGAUACGAGCAGGCCAUGUACUAACAGGGGUCCCGAAAACUUUGAAAAUCACCAAUCAGAUUGUGAUAGAAAGAAAGUCGAGUUACAGAUGGUCAUGGGGAAUCUGUUGCUUUUACACGAAACUAGUGUGUCGCAUUGCAUUGCAUUGCGUUGGGGUCGGAUCCGAGGUGAGGAUGCUGAUGGAUCCAACUUGGUAACUUGGUGUGGUCGAUUAUUGUCGUCGUCAUCUUCGGGUGGUAUCGAAGUAUUCGAAACGCUCCAACUCCAGAGCCAUUACCAUUUUGCUCCUGGACCAUGAUAUAUAUUCUUCCCAAAGUUGUUGCUCAAGAUUCUUUUCCCUUCAUCAUAAUAAAACUUGUCUCAUUCCCAUCUCCACUUGCACUUGGAAUAUAAAUUCUCAGUCCUUCUCAAUAGAUAUUUACUUUUUUUUCUUCUCUGCUUUUUCCACURAAAUUGAGAGGGGAAGAAGAGCAACUCCACUGUAAAAAUGAGAGGAGCUUUUACUUUCAUUGAGAGAUGAAAGUAUGUCGUAGGGGCAUUCUUGGUAUUGUCAACUCUUUGUGUGUGUAUGGAAUCAUUGAAGUGGCAUUUCUCAAAUGCAAUAAAAAUGGUGUAAUUUUUAUGUAUUCCAA